AUGAGCCAUGAAAUGGGGCUGCUGAGGGUUGGUGUUUGUGUUUGUGUAGGCGAUGAGCAGUACGCAGAGGGAGCUGGAGACGGUCUUCCUCCGCCGGGAAGCCCAUACUACCUCACCGACCCGGCACAGCUCUGCAGUGUGCCAGAGCUGGCUGAAGAGGGCGCUAGCGGCGUCCGUGGCCCUGUGCUCUUCCACCCCCCGCCCAACUGCAGGAUUAGAGAGGUGCAUUGUGGGAGUCAGGUCCGGCUCGCCGUCAUAGCCAUUCGAGACAUUGCCAAAGGCGAGGAGAUCACAGUGGACUACAGCCUGACCGACUGGGGAGAAAAUGCCAUGGGCUUUCAUACUUCCGUGUCCCCACACGGGUUUGAAUGUGGAUUCAACCCAGAGAGCAACAUCAAGAAGGAGGAGGAGCCGGGUUCACUCCCAAUGUCUCUCAGUGUUUCUGACUACCUCACUCCGUCAUGGUCCCUGUCUCCCUCCUCCUCUCCGCUGUCUCACUCCGAGGCCAGCGACUCCGACCGAGAGGAGGAUGAAGAGGAGGACGACGACGACGACGACGAUGACGAAGAGGACCUGGAGGGCGGCCGUCACUUCCACUCGCUCGCUAGGCACCUGGAGAAACACCACGAGCAGCAGCCCGAGGUCCGAGCCGCCAUGGAGCUGUCGCAGCUCCCCAAUCAAGACGCCUCCUCGCACCCCUUCUCCUCUCCCGCUCAGCCCUCGGCCGCCCUGGGAACAACCUCCCUGUUCUCCCGUGAGCGAGACGCUUUGUCCUCGCCUCCCAAAUCAGGAGGCGUCUCUUUCUCGCUCUCGCUGUCUCCUCCCCACGCCUCCAGCUCCUCGAAGAAGAGCUCGGCGAUGAUGGUGACGCCUAGGAAGGGCACUAAGAAGAGCCCUGGCGCCUCGCCCAAGCCUCCCGCCCGCAGGGGACGGCCGCCGAAGAAGCAGAAGGAACUGCAGCUGAAGAAGCAGGAGGCAGAGCGAGCGAAAGAGGAGGCGCCUGGGAAACAGGAGGAGCAGGAGUUCGACACGAGGGGAGACGCAAGCGCAGAGCAGAAGAACGGAGAGAUGGCCAGCCCUGGGCGCUCUCACAUGCCUCCUCUGCUGUCAUCACUCUCCACGCUGGUGCUGUAUCUCCGGCGGCAGCAGCACUCCUCGUUCCGGUCUCUGUCGCGUGCUCCUCCGUCCGCCGAGGCCUGGCGUCUGCUCUGCCACUCCAGCCUGGCCCUGCUGAUCCUCUACAACCGGCACCGCGAGUGUGAGGUGGCCAAGCUCACGCUGCAGGACUACCGCAGCCGCGCUGCUCCCUCCUCUCCCUCGCUCGACUCCUCGCUCUCCCCGUUCGAGCGCGCCGUCCUCGGCCAGCUCCCGUGUGUUAGCGUGCUGGGCAAACGCGGCCGCCUCCAGCCGCUCAUCCUUCCUCCGCACUCGGAGGCGUGUCUGGAUCUGCUCCUGGAGACGUCUGCAGACGUGGGCGUGGAUCCCCAGAGCCCCUAUGUGUUCUCCCGGCCGUAUCACUCCCCGGCCACGCCGCUGCGCGGAACCGACCUGCUGCGGAGCCUGGCGCGCUCUAGCGGCGCUAAGAACCCCGCGACGCUCACCGCCCCCCGCGUGCGGCGACAGGUGGCCAUCCUGACCCAGCUGCUGCUGCUGGAGGAGGGAGAGCGCGCCGCCAAACGCCUGGAGGACUUCCUGCAGAGGGAGUAUCACGUGAGCCAGAGCUGCGCUCGGAUUGGCCAGGACCCGGCGCUGAUGAACCGUGUGGGGAGUGUGGUUCUCUACGGAGAGAGAGAGGGAGUGCUGUUCAGAGGAAUGAGCCUGCAGCACAUCUGCCUUGAGCUGGACGUGAUGUCGGGGAAGUCUGGCGACUCUUUCUCUGAUGACUCUGAUGCAGAGGCCAGUAAGAGUAAACUCAGAGCCGUCGCUGGGAAGAAGGAAGGGCCGAGGAAUCGAGCGCCGCGGCCGAAGAAGAGCAGCGGCCCUCAUCAGUCCACGGCACACAAGAGACGCAGCGCUCAGGUCAAAUCAGGGAAGCGCGGCGUGCUGAAGCGGCCGUGGUCGGAGGCGGAGCGAGUCGCCGUGGAGACGCACCUGAAGAGGAACAUCAUGGAGCUGCGUGUUCCUGCGAAAGCGGACUGUGAGCGAUGCCUGCAGCUCUGCCCUCUGCUGGUCAGUAACCAGCGCGACUGGAGAGCCAUCAAGUUCUACUGCCACAACCGCAUCCAGCUCCUGAAGAAACAGGGACGCAGAGACGGGAACACCGCCGCCGUCUGCUAACCACAGUAACACACACACAGAGA